GUGGGGUGGCGAAGAGCCCUCUAGUCUCGCGAGAGAAUCGCUCGGUGCUGGUUUCUCUUCACCUCCCUCGAGUCUAGGUCUUCGACUUCCGGCUUGCGAUUUCCGGACAGCGGCGUCUCCGAGGUAACGGUGAUGGCGGCCUUGGAGAGUGAGCGCCUUUUCUCCCUGGAGUUGCUUGUGGACUGGGUGCGUCUGGAGGCCGGGCCGUCGUCCCCAGGCGCCCCGCGCCCCGCCGUGUCCUUCUGCCUGCUGGACUUCCCCCGCACGUUCGCCCUGCUCAGCCAGACUGGAGAGCGCAUCGGGGACUUGGCGCUCUUCUACCGUCUGACGGACUUGGGCGGCAGCCAGCUGGGCUCUCCAGAGCCACCUGCCUCUCUCGCCUCUUCGGCUGGGGCGGAGGGGACAGUGGUGGGCCAAAAACUGCGGCCGAUGCCCCACCUCCCACGGGAGAAGCGACGGCCGUCGUCGGCCCCGGAGCUGCGCCCCAGGGAUACAGACCAGGCUGCGGGGACCCCAGCGGCGCUGCAGGAUGAUAGGAAGGGAGUUUUCCGUGCCUUGGACACCUCUGACACCACAGGUUGUGUAAAGAGCCUCAGAACCCACUCCGCUGUUGCUCCUCCGGCUGGUAGCAGCGGGAAGAGUGUCAGCCCCCUCGAUGAGAAAGUUGCAGAGCUGGACUUUGAAACCAACACAUUUUGCCCUCCUCCUCUCUAUUACACUCACUUGACCCCAAAAAAGACACCUCCGGCACGGAUUAAAAUCAUAACCGAGCCGCAAAUAAAUGUACCUGUGCAGUUAGAUGGUUCUUUUCCGGAAAAAAGCCUGGUAAAUUCUCCAGCGAAUCCGAGUCCUGUAAAACUUACAAAUUCAGCAACACAAGAGAGAGCUGGAGUGCUUGUAAGUCCUCCACAUAGUCAGGAUAUAGAAGCAAGUAAUCAAACCACAUGUCCUCCUCAAAUUGAGCAAAAUACAAUUAAUACAAUAAGGCAAUUGCCUUUGUUAAAUGCUUUGUUAAUUGAGCUGUCAUUGUUGUACAACCAACCCAUGGCGAGUCCUACUCAUGUACAUCCUCAUUUAUCCUGGUUGUACAGAACUCAGGACAAGAUACCAGAAUCUUAUGCCAAGUCGACUGAAUCUGAAUCCAAGAAGCAUCAGCUUUCUGUGGGACAACAUAAAAAGUCAGUGAGUCUUCAAUAUAAAAAAAACCAAACUGAAAAGCUUAAGAAAGAUAAAUAUUUGGAAAAAAGCAAUGAAAAUUCCCAAGUAGGAGUUACAAGGAGGAGGCUACUUUAUGGCUUAACAAAUACGCUAAGACUACGUUUAAAGAAAACAAAUCCCGAUAUGUUGGUAGUACAGGAAAAGAGAGAACACUAUAGAAAAAUGCAAGCACAAAUGUUAGGUACUAAAUGUAGAAUUACACCAUCCAAAAUUAAAGAGCAACUUUUUGCAGAACAAAGUCAGCAGCCACAACUCCCUGAAAAUAAUUAUUUAGGUGGAGAUGCAUCUCUUGUUGAAAACAGUAAUACCUCAAAGCAAAUUAGUGGAGUUUUUGGUGAGCCAAGCGUGACUGAGGAGAGUAAACUGAAACAAGCAACUGAAGAAAGGACAGGUGAUUGUAAAAACAGAACCAAAAAUGGUAUAUUGGGGGGAAUUAGAAGUCCUGAAAAUUCCAUCAUUCCAGAAAGAUUUACUCACACAAAUAUUUUGGGAGGAAAAUUGGUAAAGAGAGUCCAAAGUCCAUAUGUGUUCCAACAGGAUGCUGUCGACAGAACUUUAGAUAAAGAAAUAGGUGGCUGGCAGGUCAAAACAACAGGCCAUGAUGUUCUUGGUGCUGAUAUGAGUGAAAACAGGCCAAGUAAAAAUAGUUUCUGUGAAAGCAUCUCAGAACUAAAGUAUUCUGAUGACUUCACCAGCCCUUGCUAUUCUGAAGAUUUCCACACCACUGAGGGGACUAGCAGAAGUUUGAUAAGUUUACAAGCUCCUGAUAGCAGUUCAGGGGCAGAGAAUCCAAAACAUGGUUCAGAUACAAGUAAGUCUAGUGAAGCAAGAUUGUCCGAAAGGAAAAAUAGUGAUGAAAAGAGUUCUAUUCUUAGCCCACCUUUUUCUGCUGGAUCACCAGUACUCUCAAAAGGGAGAUCUUAUUUUUCAAAGAAUCAGGGCAGAAGUUUGGAGGAAACAUCUAGUAUCUCUAUUGGUAAUUUAUCUUCAUCAUAUUCAACUGAGGAAAAAGAAAGCCAGAUGGACCAAAAUGGUAUGUGUAAUUCUAAGGUUAUAAAGAGAGGUCAAGGUGUUACUAUUAAAGGAGGAACUAGUGGCAAGUCUUUAGAGAGAAGCCAUUCACCACGGACAUCUCAAUUGAGUUCAUACUUGCCAUCUAAUUUGUCAGAACUAGAGCUCAAGGACCUGGAUAGCAGUACAUCAGAUCACUUUGGAGAAGAUGAUGAUGACAUUGGACCACUAAGUAUUUCCAAGCAAUGCAAAGAUAUCUGUGAGUUAGUAAUAAAUAAACUUCCAGGAUAUACAGUGUGA